AUGAAUGAUAUUGAUUUAACUGUAUAUUUAAUUCAUGAUCGCAAAGAUAUCGUACUUCUUGCCAGUUGUUCUACAACAAUUCUUGAAACAGAAUAUAAUGAAUUUAGAUUAGCUGUAGACAUACUUAAUAAUUUGCGUGAUAAUUCACUUUCUUAUCAUGACAUUCUUGGAUCAAAAUGCUUUGCAGAUCGUAUUUUUGCCUUCUAUAUUACAGUUGUAGAG